CCCCAUCGGAUUCGAACACACUGUGACCGUCCUCUUCUUCGCGAGGUUCCCCCAUUAGGUCCCACGUAUCGUAAGGUCGUCGUCAAUUGGCGCGAGUAUAAAAAUUCAAAACAAUAAGAAAACCGAGCCAGGGUUACACGAACAGCAGUAUUAUUUUAUAUCAAAGUGAAGCAAGUGUGCCGAUUUUGUUGAAAAUUGCCUUCCGGGCCACCUUAAAGGUCUACGAAAAUACUCGGUACAACAUCGGAGAAAGUAUCAUCUUGUGCGUUGGCUUUGCAACGCUUCGAAUAAGUGAAACAAAAUGGUAGAAGUCCUUAUGGAAUCAGGUGGACAAGAAGUAGCCAUAGCGGAAAGUGGCGGUUCAAGGGCGGAGACCCCAACUGAGUGCACUCCGAAAGUUACUCACAUCUCGCCAACGACAAUGAAUUUUUCACCCCUUCAAGAAUUCUAUGCUGGACAAACUAUCUUCAUCACUGGCGGAACCGGAUUCUUGGGAAAGCUUCUAAUUGACAAACUCCUAAGAUGCUGUCCAGGAAUUAAAUUCAUUUACCUUCUGGUGCGUCCAAAGAAGGGCAAGGACGUUUAUCAGCGCGUCGAAAAUCUCAUUGACGAUCCGCUUUUCGCAAGAUUGAAAGAGGAAGUACCGAAAUUCCGUCAUCAGAUUGGUGCAGUUGCGGGCGACUGCAGUACUCCAGGACUUGGUAUUUCUGCGGCCGAUAGAGCUACCUUGGCUCGAGAAGUAUCCAUUGUAUUCCACGUUGCAGCCACAGUAAGAUUCGAUGAAAAAUUGAAACUCGCAGUCUCCAUCAAUGUACAAAGUCUAAAAGAUGUACUUACUCUAUGUAAGGAAAUGCCUAAGCUAAAGUCUGUUAUUCACGUUUCCACCGCUUAUGCAAAUUGUCCGCAAGACACCAUUGAUGAAAAAUUUUACGAACCUCCUAUCCAAGCCAAUAAACUUAUUGCUAUGAUGGAUUGCUUGAACGAAAAACUUAUUGACGAUAUUACGCCACAAUUGCUGGGAAAAUGGCCGAACACAUAUGCAUACACAAAAGCAGUAGCUGAAAAUGUUGUCAAGGAAGAAGCUGAAGACUUACCCAUUGGCAUCUUUCGUCCAGCUAUCGUUAUUUCAACAUAUCAAGAACCAAUAAGAGGAUGGAUCGAUAAUAUGUAUGGUCCAACUGGUGUAGCAGCUGGUGCUGGAACUGGAUUACUCCGAUCUAUCCAUUGUGAUGGGUCGAUUCACGCUAAUGUGGUACCCGGUGACAUGGCUGUGAAUGCUUUAAUUGCCAGCGCGUGGGACGUUGCCAGUACGCAAAGGCAAGGCAAGGAUGCAAUUGAUAUCCCUAUUUACAAUUACGUAUGUAACGAGAAUCAAAUCACAUACAACCAGCUGAAAGAGAUGUCUGCGAAACAUGGAAUCUCCAUUCCCACGAACAAAGCCAUCUGGUAUUACAGUUUCCGGAAUAACAAGUACAAAAUCGUUCAUCUCUUUUACGUAUAUUUUCUUCACCUAUUGCCAGCACUUCUGAUUGACACAGCAACACUUUGCGUUGGAAAGCAACCCAGCUUGCUUAAGAUCUACAAGAAAAUUCACAAAUUCAUGGCAGUGCUCAAUUACUUUACGACCAAAGAAUGGAAGUUCACGAACAACAGAGUGAAGGCUAUGAUAGAAAAACUCACGCCCGAAGAUCAGAAAAACUUUUAUUUCGAUAUUAAGAAGAUCGUUUGGGAUACGUAUUUCCAAACCUACAUGCAAGGAAUUCGAGUGUAUCUCAUUAAGGAUCCAUUGGACACUCUUCCGCAGGCACGUGUAAAGUGGCAAAGGAUGUAUUGGAUUCAUCAAGCGACCAAGUUUUUACUUCUCUAUGUUUUCAUUCGGAUUUCAUGGGCUGCGAUAUCCGCGAUACUCUCGUAUACUGUUUAGUGAUCCCGGAAUCGCAUUACUGUUGUUUAACAGUGAUUAACGAUUUUACAUCAAUAGUGGAUGUUUAUAUCCAACCAAUCUAAUGAAAAGGAGGAACCAACAUUAUAUUUCCAUGUCUUGAAAGGCGGACAUAGUCGUUAGCCUCACGUUCCUUUAACGUGAUGCAACAACUAACGUCUUAUUAAUUACAUAUGCAGGUGCAUACAACACUAGCGCGUUGUGUAUAUGUUGUAAAAUUUUGGUAGGAAAAAUAAUUGGUAUUUCAUAGCUACAAUUAAGUAUCAUACGAUUGUACGUAUGCGUAGAACUGCUGGAGCAUCGGUAGAGCAUCUCUACGAAACGUUUGUUUACGUAUUAACUACUGUAAACCGAGUAUAUUAUUAAUCUUGUAAUAGAAACAGGUGAGAUUGUAAAAUGUGCUGUAUCUGAAUUAUUUAUAUUAAAGUAAAUUUUUGUAAAGUAAUUUUCGUUCGUGUUCAUUGUUUUGUAAGCUUUAAUCUUAUAAGGCUAUGGUUGCCUAUUGGUAUUUUAGGAAGUGCGUGUUGGGAUAAUUAUGUAUUCUUCUGGGAAACAUCGUAAUAUUUUUAAAAGGAAUAUAAUUAAAUUAGAGACUGUUAAGCAUGAUUUAUUGCGACUAAAUACUGAAUUAAUUUUUAGUACAAUAUAAUAUUCCGAUGAAAGGAAAUUUAGUACUUUGGAAUUUUAAAUGUUCGAACGUCACUGAUCAAUGAAACUUAAUGAUAGAAUAAUUAAUGGUCGAAGAUUAUCAAGUGUUUUCAAGAAACUUCGCCGAGUCUCACGCCAAGUACGUGAAUUAAUUUUUGUAAAUUGAAUUUAAAAUUCAUAAUGGUUUUUACAAUUUGUAAUAUUACUGCUUGGUUUUUUUUUAAUUCCCACGAAUUGUGAAGUGAAAAUAUACCAGACAACGCAAAAUAAGCAAAGGUCGUCUUUAAAGCGUUUAUUGGGUCCAGAAUUAUGUUUUAGUCUAAACACGAAAGAUGACUUUUGGAUACAUGGGCCCUUUAUGUUAUUUUCAAGUUUUUGUUACAAUUUAGAAACUGAAUAAAACAUAAAAUAUUUAUUGGUGGUAUUCUUAGUUAAAAUUAUUUUUGUAAGAUAUUAUAUAGUAUAAAGAUUGUAUUUUUUUUUAUAUAACAAUGCUAAAACAAUCUAGUCUAAGAAGUGGAACGUGGACUGAGAACAAUAGAGGUUCAAUGUAUUUAUACCAUGUAAUACUAUAGAGUCUCUCAUAACAACCCAGGAAUAUAUUAAGAAUGGUUUUACCUAUAUCGUCCUAGCAAAAAGACGCUUGAAUUAAAAAAUCUAGACUACAUACAGUUUGCAUGACUGAAGAGAUUGUAAAAAAAAUAAUAAAUAACAUAAGUACAUAA